AUGACCCUGUGCUUCUUAUUUCAGAGUGCCUCUGCCUCUGACAACCUCGUGUCUGUCCAUUUCAAGGCACCUACAGCGGCCCAUUUUCGAGACCUUGUGCGCAAUGCCAGUUACGAUUUCGGAUGUCGGGCUGCUGCUCACCCAACGGACGAUGGCCACUUUAAGCUUCACGCAUUACUCACCGAGGAGCAGAUCGCACAUGUGAGCAAGGAAUAUGAAACGAUCGCUGACAUCUCGAUACACCGGGAGAUCGUCAAGCGAGCAGCUGGCGCCCCCAUCGGCACUGGGGAUCGCUUCAAGGCUGGCACUGUGGCUCCUGUUGGCCUCGGUACACAAACGUCAGGAUCUACGAUCAGCAGCAUCAUGAAUGUCGGCGAGAUUGAUUCGGCCCUCAAGGCUCUCGCUAGCGUCUAUGGCGUCGGAACUGUCACUUUGCCUUUCAAGACGUUCAACGGCGCAACACAGACGGCUGGAUUUGUUGGUGCCGGAUCAGACAAGUCUAAAUACCACCUGUACCUCAGCGCCGGCAUGCAUGCCCGCGAACGUGGGGGCCCCGACAACCUUCUUUACUGGAUUUCCGACUUGCUAGCAGCGAACAAGUCAGGCGGCGGCUUGACUUAUGGCAAAAAGACAUACACCAAUGCACAAGUCAAAAGCGUCUUGGCCGCUGGAAUCGUCUUCUUCCCCUUGGUAAACCCCGACGGUGUCACAUAUGACCAAUCCUCCGGAUCCCUCUGGCGCAAAAACAGAAACACCAAGUCCGGCUCAAGCGGAAGCUCAAUUGGUGUCGACAUCAAUCGCAAUUUCGAUUUCCUCUGGAAUUUCAAGAAAUAUUUCGAUCCAUCUGAAGCCCCCGCAUCUACUUCGCCAAGCUCAGAGACCUUUGCUGGAACUGCAGCUGCCUCGGAACCGGAAACCAAGAACCAUGUCUCGCUAUAUGAUUCUUUCCCCAAGAUCCGAUGGUUCAUGGACAUCCACUCUGCUGCUGGUGACAUCCUUUACAGCUGGGGUGAUGACAACGACCAGACCACGACUACUACCAUGAACUUCCUUAACUCUGCCUACGACGGAAAGCGUGGUGUCGUCGGCGACUCGGUCUACAAAGAGUACAUCCCAUCUACAGAUCUCGCCAACAUCCAAAAUGUAGCAGCCAAAACUGUCGCCGCAAUGAAAGCUGUCGGCUCACGUUCAUAUUCCUCGAUCCAAGCUGUCGGCCUGUACCCAACCUCAGGGGCUAGCGACGAUUAUGCUUUCAGUAGGUUCUGGGCGAAGAGUGGAGCAAACAAGGUCUACGGAUACACGAUGGAGUUUGGUUAUUCGACCAACUUCUACCCAACCCUCACUGAGUUCAACCAGAACAUCUUGGACACGAACGCAGGCUUCAUGGACUGGGCUUUGGCCGCGAUAAGCGUUGGCCUUGAAUAAUUAUGUAGCGGAUACCGUUUUCUAAUGUUGCAUGCAUG